UGUUGUCCCUCUUGGUCUCAUUGUUUGUGGCUCCCUGUUGCUUUGCACCGCCGGGCGGAGAGAGCGACGGGUCAGAGGAAAAUGGCGGACGGUGUGGAUCACAUCGACAUCUACGCCGACGUAGAGGAGGAAUUCAACCAGGAAGCUGACUAUCCAGUUCACGAGCAGAUCGACCUGUAUGAUGAUGUAAUAUCCCCGUCAGCGAAUAAUGGUGAUGCUCCAGAAGACCGCGAUUACCUGGACACACUGCCUGCACCAGGUGGCACAGAGGGAGGGAAGAGUGCCCCACCCAAUGUGGUGUACACCUACACAGGAAAAAGGAUAGCCCUAUACAUAGGAAAUCUCACAUGGUGGACAACAGAUGAGGACCUGACAGAAGCCAUCCGGUCGAUAGGCAUCACAGAUGUGCUGGAGAUCAAGUUCUUUGAAAACAGAGCAAACGGCCAAUCAAAAGGGUUUGCCCUGGUGUGUGUGGGCUCAGAGGCAUCAUCCAGGAAGUUAAUGGAGCUCCUAUCAAAGAGGGAGCUCCACGGUCAGAAUCCCAUCGUCACGCCAUGCAACAAACAGUCCCUCAGCCAGUUUGAGAUGCAGUCACGCAAAAGUACUCAGUCAGGUCAGAUGUCUGGGGAAGGUAAAGCUGGUCCCCCUGGUGCAGGCCCCCGUGGAGGUUUCCCCAUGGGAGGUCGAGGCAGAGGCAGGUUCCCUGGACCACCCGGCCCUGGAGGAGACCGCUUUCCUGGUCCUGUUGGGCCUGGAGGACCACCACCACACUUCCCUGGCUCGGGGAUGAGACCAGAUCUGAUUAGGCACCAAGAUGGCCCUCUGAUGGAUAUGAGUUUCAGUCCCUUCCCGCCGGGGGGCAGGAACGGGAGCUGGCGUGGCAGAGGUGGGAUGCAGGGUCCCCCACGCCCCCCUCCUGGUCCCCCUGGUCCCCCUGGCCCUCCAGGACCUCCACCUCCUGGACAGGGCCUUCCCCCUCCCCUCGCUGGUCCUCCAAAUCGUGGCGACAGACCCCCUCCCCCUGUUCUCUUCCCUGGUCAAUUUGGCCAGCCGCCAAUGGGACCCUUGCCCCCAGGCCCCCCUCCUCCAGGAUACGGCCCUCCCCCUGGUCCCCCACCCCCUCAACAAGGCCCACCACCCCCAGGACCCUUCCCUCCUCGGCCCCCAGGUCCCAUCGGACCCCCCAUGGCUUUGGCUCCACCUCCACACAUGCCAGGUCCCCCGCCAGGUGGACCGCCUCCAGCCCCCCAUGUCAACCCCGCCUUCUUCCCUCCACCUGGAAACAACAGCAUGCCCCCCAAUGACAGCCGAGGACCCCCAGGACCAAACGACCCAUACGGACGCCCGCCACCAUAUGAGAGAGGAGACUAUGGUCCUGGAGGCCGGGAGAUGGAGGCGUCACGGACCCCCUUGAGCGAGGCGGAGUUCGAGGAAAUCAUGAACAGAAAUAGAGCCAUCUCCUCCAGCGCCAUAUCUAGGGCGGUGUCAGACGCAAGUGCAGCUGAUUAUGGCAGUGCUAUAGAGACCUUGGUGACUGCCAUCAGUCUGAUUAAGCAGUCCAAAGUGUCAGCAGAUGACCGCUGUAAGGUCCUCAUCAGUUCCCUGCAGGACUGUCUUCACGGCAUUGAGUCUAAAAGCUAUGGCUCUGCCUCAAGGCGAGAGCGCUCCAGAGAACGCGACCACAGCCGCUCCAGAGAAAAGAGCCGACGCCACAAGUCCCGCAGUCGCGACAGGCAUGAGGACUACUACCGAGAACGCAGCCGGGAGCGGGACCGCCAUCGCGAGAGGGACCGGGACAGAGACCGGGAAAGAGAGAGGGAGAGGGAGUACCGACAUCGCUAGACAAGCAGGGAGCUAACGCGGAUCAAGGAUGGAUGGAAGGAAAAGGAGGAACGCUUACAGUGCACCACCACCACCUCCUCCUCCUCCCCACCCUGCAUGACCGGACAGGAAUACAACCGCCACCUCCUCCCUCCUCCACCCCUCCAUCUCUCUUCUCCUCUCCUUCUCCACCCAUCCUUCUCUCUGUCUGUUCAUCUUGUCUGCCUGACUAAGAGCAGUGGAUGGAGGACCCAGACCUGUGUAAGGCUAUGUUAUCCAAACACCUAUACUCAUGGUAACUAAAGAUGAAAGAAAAGAAACUUUCCAAACAGCUCUUUUAUUUUUAUGAUGUUUUAUUUGACAUGAAGAUGAGUAUGUGUGAUGCUUUUUUGCAAAGAAAUAAUAAAGUGGCCCGCACGACCCCUCCCAAAUAGAAGACACAAACAUUACAUCCUAUUUGUUUUUUUAUUUUCCUUGGCUCGCUGUACUGUGUACAUUCAGUUUAGAGAUCAGUUUUUAUAGGGUACAUGUUUGAUGUUUUCCCCUCACCUCUCCCUCUCAUUCUCAUUUAUUCUUUUCAUGGUUAGUAUGUUUGUAAAUGUCUCUGCUUUUGAUUAAAAACUAGAUGGUGUUGUAAUAAAAAAUGUUUACUGAGGUACACUCUGCAUUUGGUGAAUUCCUCUACAUAUUUGGCUCAUUUAUAUUAAAUGUAUAUUUUGGAGUGCAAAGAUGUUUUUCAUAUUGAAUUUGUCUAUUUUUAGAUUAUACGUUUUUAGCUUUGUUAGUUAGUGGCUUUAGUCCCUUUUUUGUUUUGUGUUUCUUUUUUUUCUUUCUUCAAACGGACACAUUUUACAAGGUAAGAGAAAUCCAAAAAAAUGCACUGUUUUGCAUUGUGCUCUGAUUGAUUGAUGGGAAUAUGUACAGUAUAGACCUUGAACAGUUAAAAGGUCGACAUGUACAUGCACCUUUUGGACAAUUUCAGGCAGCUUUGCACCAGACACCACAACCCAGGAAAAAAAACAACAAACACACACUGUUCACAAAGUGGUUUCUGAUGUUUGAUUCCUGUGUAAUCACACUGAAUAGCCAUCACAAGAACAUUUCCAAACCAAAUUGUCUUUGACAGCUUUGUUUUGUUUUGUUAAUGUGAAUUGCAUUCAUGUUUACUUGAGCAGCAAUUGUAGGCAAAGUUUACAUGGAAUUGGUCAUCCUUCAAAUAUCAAUUAAGCCCGUUUGUUGAAAAAUUACCAUUGCAAGUAAAUGUUACUUUUUUGCUCCUAUGUUUCACACUUUAUAUGUUUUUGUAUGUUCAUUUUUAACACUCAAAUACUACAUAAGGAACAGAUUCAGUGCAGCUGGUUAUUCACACACUAACAUUGUCAUAUUAAGCAGUGCAACACAUCUUUUAUUCCACCACCCAUCAUGUUCAUGUCUUGCAUUUUUGUUGAAACAGACUGUGACUGUAAACACUUUGUGAUACCGAGCUUUUAGUUUGUAAUGUUGACCACAAUGGGUUUGGCAAAUAAGCACUGAUUCACAUGAAUGUUUUUACUGUCUCAGAUCCAAAUAUUCAGUCAUAAAAACAUUAGGCCUAGCUGUCCUAAUAUUAUCUGAGUCGUAAGCCCGGACAAGUUUUUGAAUUUGAGUAAAUAAAGAUGGAAAAAUACUGUCA